AUGUACAAUAAUGAGAGUAAUAACGUCCAAGCCUCCAUCUCCCAGGAGGGGUGGGUAAACGGUGUAUGCCUCGUGCAUCGGAAGAGGCGGAUAUCGGAGCCACUUACAGGGUGCCUGCACUACGUACUCCGUCCUCGGUCAUGCCCAUCAUCCGCAUCUCUUUGUUUGGCCUACGCCAAUAACGCUGGGAGGAGACAUCGGAUCAUGAAGAGACCGGCUUUCCCUUCGCGGAAGGCGAUCCACGGGAGACGAUCGUAUUCUCAGCCAACACCACCAGAACUAAGGAACACCCGAGCCGGCGGCCGAGCUGAACAGCGAUGUUCUCCUGGACCCCCCGUUCCCCCUUCAUGUCCAGCCAGAACCAAUGGAGUCACGGGAUUUGCAGGCGGACUGGGCAUCCGCAUUAUUGUCAGGUUGGCGACCUGGAGUGGGGGCAUCCCCGUCGGCGAGCAUCCGCCAGGAUCCAUCCUCGAGACCGGCGAGAUGAAUCCAUAA